AUGACUGACUUUUUGAGUUUACCGACAGAAUUGAUCCUUUCCAUUGUUGAGCGUCUACCCCUCACAGAUCUCAAGUCUACAAGCAAGGCGGGAUGGCAGCUGCGUCGCAUCGCGGAACCACUCUUGUUCAGCUGCCUGAGAAUCCCCAACUUCGAAGAGGACAGGCACAUUUUCGAAACAAUCAUAGAGAAAUACGGACGGCAUGUGGACAAGUUGGUGUUCGAACUUGACUUCACCAAUACAUGUACUGGAGCAGACGAUGACAGCCUCAACGAGGUCAGUCAGGGACGAUCAGAAGAUCGCACUGACUCACAGGCAUCUGGUUUCACGGACCUGGCACGGCGGCUACUGAGCGGAGACGCUCUCCCCGAUGUGUCCCAAUUGCGGAUCACUUUCGAGGCUGGCGAGUUCCGAGACGAUGAAAUCUUUGGCGAGCAGUCAACCAUCUACAUGCACGAUGAUGACGAGACUCGGGAACAGAUCCGCGAACAGGAGGCCGCAUGGAUGUGGCGAGCUGUUAUGAAUGAAAUGUACAAGCACCUCUCCUCCAGGAGAAACCUCAAAUGCCUCGAACUACGUAAAGUGGUUCCGAAAGGGUGCUCAACAUUCCACAUAGCAGAGUGGCGAGCAUUCCUCUCCACGCUCAAUGAGUUCGAUAUCGACAUCUGGGGAGGCGACAAUGGUGCUGGAUGGCAUUCGAAUACCACUUUCGGAUACAUGAUGUUCAUCGCAGAGAUGAAUGAGUUCUUCUUCAAGCAUUUAGGCUCUGUGAGGCGCUGUAGGCUUGCCGCGGAUAUCGAAAACCCCAUCGGGAUGACUGGUCACCGUCAUUUUCCCGUACCUUUCAAGCCCAAGGACAUGCCGAAGCUUGAUAAACUUGAACUGGAGAAUUGUUUCAUCGACCCCGCUCUGGCAAACCAUAUCAGCAAUCAUGGCCAACAGCUGAGAUCGCUCAGCCUCAAAAAUUGCUUCGCAAGCGCUCAAGUCUCAGCGGAGCAUAGGUACAGCUGGUCAGACUUCUUCAACUCCAUUCGAAAAGGUCCUCCACUGCUAAAAGAGCUCGUGGUAACGAAUGAGGAUGUCGCCCUCACAAGGGAGGAGGAGUUUCACUCGAGAAAUGAAGGUCCAUUCAUUCCGCUUGAAGACGAACCCGAAAGUGUCCAAAUCGUUCGCAGACGACUUUUGGAGAAUCCGUCAUGUCGAUUGUGGCCGUACGUGUAUCUGGACGACAAAUACGGCAUGGUCUUCCAAGACGAGGAGUCUAAUGUGGAGGCUUUUGAGGAGGGGGCUGAUCAGAGGGAGUUUGAUGCUUUGAUGGCUCUUGUUGGCCAGAAUGKAGGGUGCUUAUCCUGA